AUGGUGCAUGAGGGGGACACAGUUGAAGAAUUUGAUCAGAUCUGCGAGGUGCAGAGUGACAAGGCAGCUGUGGAAAUCACAAGUCAGUAUGCUGGCGUCAUCAGACAGCUGCACCACACACCUGGCAGCAUGGUGCAGGUUGGGGAGGCGCUUCUGAGCAUAGAGAUGGAGGAUGAGGUGGGCGCAGCAGAGAGCACUAGCAGCACGCUUGAAAGUGUUGCCGAUCAGCCACCGACUGCUUCCACCACAGCUGCUGUUGCCAGCAGUUCCACGGACGCACAGGCAACCUUGGCAUCGCCAGCGGUCAGACGAGUAGCUCGGGAGCACGGCAUCAAUCUGGCAUCUAUACCUGGUUCAGGGCCUGAUGGUCGCAUCACCAAAGGUGUGGCCUACGCCACAGAAGCAACCACGACACAUGGAGCCAUGGGGUAUCGGAGGGCCAUGGUGCGGAGCAUGACAGCGGCUGGUGCCGUGCCGCACUUUCACUAUUGCGACGAAAUUUCUGUGGGAGCCUUGCUGCGGCUGCGGACGUCUUUGCUAAGCGACCCUGCGCUCAAAGGCCUGAAGCUCACCUUCCUCCCCUUCAUGCUCAAGGCUGUGUCUGUGGCGAUGCGGCAGUGGCCGGACAUCAACGGCAGCCUGAGCGCUGACGGCACCUCCCUGCUGCAGCAUCACUCACAUAACCUCGGCGUUGCUAUGGCCACACCUUCUGGCCUGGUGGUGCCCAACAUCAAGGGGGUGGAGAGCAGGAGCAUAGUGGGCAUCGCGCAGGAGCUGGCGCGACUGCAGGGGCUGGCGCAGGCUGGUCGGCUGGGCCAGGAGGACCUGUCCGGGGGAACCCUCACAGUCUCAAACAUCGGCGCCAUCGGGGGCACCUACGCCACGCCGCUGGUCAAUGUCCCAGAGGUCGCCAUCGUCGCCCUGGGCAAGGUGCGAGAUGUGGCCCAACAGGGCAAGUACGGCGAGCUGGAGAUGGUUCCAAUGCUGGCGGCCAGCUGGGGCGCAGAUCACAGAGUCAUCGAUGGGGCCACCCUGGCGCGAUUUUCAAACUCCUGGAAGGCGUUUGUUGAGGAGCCAGAACGCCUGCUGCUUCACCUCCACUGA